GGUUGUUUGGAAACUGUAGUAAACCUGCAGAGCAGCAGUUGCACUUCUUCAGCGGUUAUUAUAUCAUUCACAUUGCUAGAUAACGCAGCGGCUUUGUAGCGCUAGUCCCGUAAACCUCUCAGAUUCGCCGUUGUCCGUCAGGUAACGUUAACAUGAACGUGGCUAAAAGUGGUUACCACGUUUUCUGUGCCAACUCCACGCCGGCGUGCACUGAACUCGCUAAGAAGAUUACCGAGCGUCUGGGAGUUGAGCUGGGGAAGUCUGUUGUUUACCAGGAGUCAAACAGAGAAACGAGGGUUGAGAUCAAAGAGUCUGUGAGAGGACAAACGAUCUUCAUCAUCCAAACCAUUCCCAGAGAUGUCAACACUGCUAUUAUGGAGCUGCUGAUCAUGGCCUAUGCACUGAAGACCUCUUGUGCCAAGAACAUCAUCGGCGUGAUCCCGUACUUCCCCUACAGCAAACAGUGUAAGAUGAGGAAGAGAGGAUCUAUAGUGUGCAAACUGCUCGCUUCCAUGUUAGCUAAAGCAGGUCUGACUCAUAUAAUCACCAUGGAUCUGCACCAGAAAGAGAUCCAGGGCUUCUUUACGUUCCCUGUGGACAACCUGCGGGCUUCUCCAUUCCUGCUGCAGUACAUUCAGGAGGAGAUUCCUGAUUAUAGAAAUGCUAUAAUUGUUGCCAAGUCCCCAUCUGCUGCAAAAAGGGCUCAGUCGUAUGCAGAGCGUCUGCGUCUUGGCCUGGCCGUCAUGCAUGGGGAAGCUCAGUGUUCAGAGUCAGACAUGGCAGAUGGGAGGCAUUCUCCUCCAUGUGUCCGCAACACCUUUGGUCACCCUGGAUUGGAGUUGCCAUGCAAACAACAAGCUCCGUUCCCAGGCAUAGAGCUCCCAAUAAUGAUGGCCAAGGAGAAACCACCCAUCACUGUUGUCGGAGAUGUUGGAGGCCGCAUCGCCAUCAUUGUCGAUGACAUCAUCGAUGAUGUGGAGGACUUUGUGGCAACAGCUGAGAUUCUGAAAGAGAGAGGAGCUUAUAAGAUCUACGUCAUGGCCACCCACGGCCUCUUGUCAGCAGACGCCCCGCGCCUCAUCGAAGAGUCCGCCAUAGAUGAAGUUGUGGUGACCAACACUGUCCCUCAUGAGGUGCAAAAGCUGCAGUGUCCUAAGAUCAAGACAGUGGAUGUCAGUAUGAUCCUGGCCGAGGCUAUCCGACGCAUUCACAAUGGGGAGUCCAUGGCCUACCUGUUCCGCAAUAUCACAGUAGACGACUAGCCAAUGAGCACAUUUACAUUAGAGACAAAGGUAGACCGGGGAUCACUGACGGAUGAAGAAAACGUGGACCAGCACGGCCCCUGCACGUCCCUGUACUCCCUCUGUGUGCAUUUGUCUCUGCGUCGAGCUGUCUGUCAAUGUUCGUUUGAAGCACAGCUAUACUUCUUUCUUUUAACAUCGUCUUCCACUUCUCUGUGUUCCUCAAUUGUGCAUCAACUAACCGUUUCCCAGUGCCUCACUCUGUGAGAGCGAGUGUGGUUGCUAUGGCAACCUUAUUCAGAGCUGUUCUAGCUAUAUUUUUAUUAGUGCAAAUAUGGUCCAACCUAACGGAGAACAUGCGUUUUUGCUACAGUGUAUUGAAUCUGCUGUUGCUUUGCAAUCUUAUUUUUGUAAAUAAACACAAGUGAUUUGCUUCA